GGUGCGCUUGCGCAGUUGACCGCUAUACCUUGAGACCGCGGGUCGACAUAGAUCGCGAGUGUUUUGUGUGUGUUGUGCUUUAUUUAUUAUUUAUUUUAGGUAUCGUAAAAGCUAGAAAUGGCGACGUUAGUUAAUUCAACGCAGAGUGUUUUUAAAGACACAUACGACUAUUAUUUAUGGACUUUAUCAUUAUCAGACAAACGUACAGAAGGCUGGCCUCUAGUCGACUCGCCGCUCCCCACAUUCGUGUACACCCUCCUCUACCUCUUCAUAGUGUGGAUCGGGCCUAAGCUCAUGAAGAACAGACGGCCGUUCAAACUAACCUGGCUGUUAGUGCCGUAUAACUUGGCAAUGGCUGCACUGAACGCGUAUAUAGCUGUACGGUUGUUAACGGCGUCGUUUCGGUUGCGGUAUAGCUACAUAUGCGAACCGUGUAGGCAGAAGUAUGACCCGGAUGAGUUGCAAAUAGCGGACGCAGUGUGGUGGUAUUACUUCUCGAAGCUUCUAGAAUUCUGCGACACAUUCUUCUUUAUUCUACGGAAGAAAGAUGAGCAGCUGACCUUCUUGCACGUAUAUCAUCACUCCACUAUGUUUUCCUUCUGGUGGAUCGGAAUCAAAUGGGUGCCUAGUGGAUCAACAUUCCUACCAGCGAUGGUAAACAGCGGUAUCCACGUUCUCAUGUAUACUUACUACGGACUAUCCGUCUUCGGCCCGACAGUCAGCCAGUACUUGUGGUGGAAGAAGUACUUGACUAUCUUACAAUUGAUCCAGUUCACCUGUGCCCUGAUCCUGGGCAUAAACGGCAUCAGGACCGGCUGCGAGUUCCCCCUCUGGAUGCACUACGUCCUCAUCAUCUACAUGAUCUCUUUCAUUGUACUCUUUGGAAACUUCUACAUGAAGGCGUAUAUGGCUAAGGGAAGCAAAUGCAUGGAAGUCAGAUACGGACAGUGCCUCGACGACGAAGAAACAAUCGCAGCAAGGAAAUUAAAGAAUAACUAACGUUUAAUUAUAUUUAUAUACGUAAUUUAUUCAAAUAGUCGAUAAUGUAGUUGUAAGAGCUCUCUCAUACCAUUGUAAUGUAUGUAAUAAAUAGUUGUUGAGUUUAAUAUUGGUUUUAUUAUAUUAGUGUGUGAAUUGCUGCUUUUCAUUUAGGUUAUGUAUUGAGAAAUUAUUACACAUAUUAG